AUGGGAAAUUUUCUCAUUGCCAGCUCGACAGAGCCUGAAGCUUCUUCUUCAGAUAACAAUUCACCUAGUGAAAGUGAAACAAUGGAAGACGUCAGUUGUUUACAUGAUAAUGACCAGCCAGUUAACGAAGAACAGUUCCAUGAUACUGUUAGUGAUUAUGAAGAAAAACGUGCUAAGAUCAAAGAAGCAGAAAUGAGUGAAUUUAAAAAAGAGUUAGACAGAAAACGUGAACAAAGAAAAAUAAUAUUAGAUAGACAUAGAGAGGAAAAGAAAGCGUUAGAGAACGCUUUACAAAAUGAAAUUGAAUCAAAAGUAGAAUUAUGUGAAAGAAAUCAACUUCUUCGUGAACUAUUAAUAAAAAAUAAUAUUGACGUGCCAGAAAAUCUUAAGUCUAAUAAUGAAAAAUCUUACAUUGCGGACUCUAUAUCUCAUAUGAGAGAAGAAAUUGAAAAGUUGAAGACAAACAAUAUAAAGCUGAGGUGUGAUUUGGUGAAUUCGAAUAGUGCAUUGCAAACAGCAUAUACAGAUAUUGCUGAGCUAAGUGCCCAAAACACAGAAUCUAUUAAGCAGGUUAGCGCGCUUAAAGAAGUAAUUUCAGUUAGUAAGACAAUGAUUAAACUCCGUGAACAACAACUCAAUGAGUUAAAAAGUAAACUAAGCGAAAUCGAGCAGUCACUUGCUGAUAGGGAGACAAAUAUGCUCUCCACCGACUUAAGGCAAGAGUAUGAACGUCAGUUACAAAAUAUUCGAACAUUGCGAGGCCUAUACGAAGAGCGGGCAAGAUUAGCAGAUGUAUCUAGACAAGCAUUAUCAAGAGAUCUUGAUGAACACAAAGUACUUCUAGAAGCCGAAAUUAAUAAAUGUAAAGACCUUACCAUUAAAGUAGAACAAUUUGAAAUUAAAAUUAAUUCUUUAGAAGAAUCUAUAGAAGAUAAAAACAACACAAUAUCGACAAGCCUACAAGAAAUUCGACGUCUUAAAGCGGAGAUGUUCGGAAUAAACAAACUAUUUUCACAAGCACUUUUAGGAUACAAUAAUAAACAAGAUUUAGAUAAACUUGUAAAUCGGCUUGAAGAAAAUCAUGGAUUAUUAACACAUAUGGCUGGAAGAGAAAAUUGUUCUGAAGUAUCUACUGAACUACCAAAACUAUUAUUAGAAAUUGUUAAUCAAAUCGAUGAAAAAGAUAAUCAAGAUUUGACUGAUGUAUCUGUUGAUGAACCCCACAAUGACAUUAAUUUACACAAAUCAGAUGUUGCCAAACGAGAUGAAAUUGCACAAAAUUUACCAAAAGUAUGGCGGGUACUAAUGGAAUUGUUAAGCCAUCAAAGUGAAGCCGAUACAAAUAUUUCCGAAAAAGUAACCACUUGCUACAAAUCGGUAGAAACUAAGUCUGGUCCAGUCUUAGUACCAAGUGUUAGCCAAACAUAUAUCAGACUAAAGGAUUUAAUUUUAGAAAAAUUGGCUUUGAUCAAAGAAGUUAAUAGAAUGAAGCAGUUAAACACACAUUUGGAGUCACGUUUAGGAGAGCAAGAAAAACGGCUUUGUUUAGUUACAAAUGAACUAAGCAAAACUUGGCACGUUGUGGGUAGAUUACGAAGGCAUCAUCAUCAAUUGCAUACUCAUGAAAAGAUACUUAAAUACGAAUUACAACAGAAGAGAAAACUUCUAAAUGAACUCAAAGAAGAACUUGAAUAUUGUCGAGAAAAAUUGGAACAAGCUCGUGAAAAAAAUUCUCAAUCGGAAAAAGAUUGGCGAAAGUUACGGACAGAAUUUUCGAACAGAAAAUUAAAACCGGACAUAUCAUUCAAUAACUCCGCUGAAAGUGGGUAUAGCGAUGAAAGGCCAUCGGACUCCGAAUCAAAUGAUGAAAGUGAAUAUGUGGAACCUAAGAUAAAAUGUAAGAAAAAGAUAAAGAAAUCUUUUGAAACGGUUGUUGAUUCUAGCACAGAUUUUAACUUAGCGGAGAGAGAAGAUCCAGUCAGCGACAUGUUGGAUAUAGCUGAACUGCCAUUGGAUACUCAAGACAAUGCUGAACGUGUUCUUGAUUCCAGUAUUAGUGAAAAACUGCCUAAAACAGAAAACUGUGAAGAAACAGAAGAUGAAAUUGGUGAUAUUUCCAAUGAUUUGUGUUUGGAUGAACAAUCUAAACUAGAAAAUCCAUUAAAUAAAAAUGAAAAUGCCAAGAACUUUACUGAAGAAAAUAUUUCUGAGAUACCUGAAAGUAGUUGUAGUAGUAAUAAUACAUUAGAAGUUACUCAAACACCUAUACAUAAUGAUCAAAAUGAUCUGCUAACUAGAUCAACUCUAAAUGACACUCAGGAAGAGCAUAGUAAUAAAGACGACACUGAUUUAUUGUCUAAAAAAAAUAUAUAUUCUGAAAAUGAUAUAAUGACGAAGAAAUCAUUUCAAGAAAGUGCUGAAUACGAAACUACACCACAAAACAGUGAAAGUAAAGUAGAUAUUCAAACAACAACAACAACUGAAAUUGAACAAAAUAUUGAACCUGAAGCUACAAAUGAAAUAGACUUUGCUGCGAUUUUAGAAAAUGUAAGAAAACAGAACGAACGUCUUCAGUUAAAAGAUAAACGAUUAGAAAAAUUGGAAGGUAGUUGCUCAUCCACUUUAGCAAAUAUAUCCAAUACUCUUCAGUCAGGAGAUGACAUGAUUGCCAAAUUAGAUAGUUUACACUCAAAAUAUGCAGCUACAGAUGGAAACACAGGUGAAAGAUCAAACGAGGACGUAACAAAAGAAGAUAAUAAAACAUUAGAUGCCGAAGAGUCUUCCUCCUCCCAAGACAUCGAUCAAGAGGCUAGAUUUGCAGCACGUGAUCUUCGUUUAAAGAGAUUAGAAGAACAAACCAAAUCACUUGUAAGUAAAGUUAACAAAACUGCAUCUAAAGGUGUCAAAAUACAUUACAAACUAGAGGAACUACAUAAUAUUUAUGGUUCAGAAAAUUCUCGAUCAGGAACGCCUUCUGAAGAUACUUCUGAAGAUAUAUCACAAAAUGACGACGAUAUAGAAAACGAG